AUGACUGUGGAGGAAAGCAGCACCGGGAGUGCACAACAUGGGGACGCCCAUUUAGCUGACAGAAGGGCCCGACCGGUCGGUCGGGUGAGUGAUCGGCGGACCAAUCGAGUAGGCGAUCAACCGGUUAGGGAAGAGAGGCAACUCGAUGAAGAGGAUAGUCCCCGACUCCAAAUGGCCAGGAUGCAGGAAAGAAUAGAUCGUUUACAACAAGAGCUUCGCGAGAGAGUCGGCGCGGGAAAAGAACCAUCAUGCUCGCUGGUUGCCACCCCCUUUACGGACGACAUCAUGAGUGCCCGCUAUCCGCAAGACCUCCAAAUCCCGCUGGCCCACACUUAUUCCGGACGAGCUUUCUUCGCUACCUUAGUCGGUAAGGCGGCCGAAUGGUUCAAGGGUUUAGAGCAGGGGUCGAUCAGAAACUUCGGUCAGUUGGCCGAUAAGUUUGUAAAGCGUUUCGCUGUAAGUAAAUCGAGAAAGAAAUCUUACACUUGCCUGAACAAGGUAAACCAAGCUGUGGGAGAACCGUUGUCUACUUUCCUAUUCAAAUGGGAAAGUGAGGUUAAUGAGGUUGAACCGAUGGAGGACCGGGUGGCAAUCCAAGCUUUCCUUGCAUCACUUUGUUCCGGGGCGCUCUACUACGACCUCAUAGUUAAUCCCCCCCGAACCUAUGAGGAGGCCAUCACCAGAGCCAAGCAUCAUGCAGAUGCCACCGAAGCUAACAUGGCAAAGAGACGCGAUGAGCAGCCGGUCAAUCGGGACAGAGGCCACGAUCAAAGGAAAAAUAAACCACCGUUCAGACACGUCAAACAAUACAAUCGACCAGAAGAUGUACCACGUUUCACUCCGUUGAACAGACCCCUGGUGGAAGUCUUGCAGUUUGCCGAGCAAUGCAAUCUGAUCCACCCACCGGAGCCGAUACCCGAGGGGGAGGACAAGAGAAAGUAUUGUUCUUUCCACAGAGUCAAGGGACACAAUACUUCGGAGUGCAUGGCCUUGCGCAUGCUCAUUGAACAACUCAUUCAGAAGGGAGAGUUGAGGCAAUUUGUGAUGAAAGAGGAUAGAAAUCAAGGAAAAACGGAAAGGAAUGUGAUGAAAAGGAAUCCCGAAAGGCACGACAAGGCAUUCGUCCCACCCGGGUCAGCUGAUGAGAAGGCGGUCGGAAAGAAACCAGUGAUCCACGUCAUCUACGGGGGCCCUGAAGGAGGCGACUCUUCACGACAAAGGAAGCAAUGGGCGAGAAACUUAUACGUUGGGACGAUUCAUUCGGAACCUCGAGAGAAGAGAAAGCGUACAGAGCCAAUACUUUUCACUGACGAUGAUCUACCACUCAAUGGGGAAGCCCAAAAUGAUCCACUCAUCAUCACACUAGAUGUCAACGGAACGGAUGUCCAGCGGGUGCUGGUUGACACAAGGAGCUCAGUGAACAUCCUAUAUUUUGAUGUCUUUGCUCGAUUGGGUCUGUCCACCGAUCAGUUAACCCCCAUUCGGACCCCGCUGUCUGGUUUCACCGGUGACUCCAUAGAAGCAGAGGGAGUCAUCAACUUGAAUGUGGAGUUGGGCAGCCAACCAAACACAUUGAAGACUACCAUGGACUUUGUGGUAGUGAAAUUGAAGUGUGUUCACAACGCCAUACUUGGGCGACCAGGUAUCACUCGCGCAGCUGCUAUUAUAUNCCAUGAACCACUUGUGCAUGAAGUUCCAUACACCUAA